GCCGCGUGUUUACGUGGGAUGAAGAUGGCGGCGCCGAUUGCCGCGCCACAGCAGCUGUCGUCGCUGUGAGGCGGGACUGGACAGCGCAGCGAGAGUGUGCGCCCCGGCUGAGGGGAAGAGGCGGGGUGGGCCCCGCCUGCCGUCGCCGGUAACACUCUGCUCUCCCGCACUAGGCGCUAUGGAGGACGAGGAGAGGCUGAAGAAGCUGGAGGCUGGGAAAGCCAAGCUUGCCCAAUUUAGGCAGCGGAAGGCCCAAACUGAUGGUCAGAAUGAAUCAAAGAAGCAGAAAAAGAAGAAGAAAACAGCAAACAUCAAGGAUGAAGAAUCAGUACAAGAUGGGAUUGAUACUGAGCGAUCUCGAGGUGGUGAAGCAUCCGCACGCAGCAGCCGAAGGGGAGCAGGUGCCACUGCUGACUUUGCUAUUAUCAGGACUUUGCAUAGUGGAGAAGUUACCAAACACAGCCAGACUUACACCAUUGAGGUAUGAGGGACAGGAGAUGCUGAUGUAUUUACAGAAUAGCUUAUUCCAUUUGCAAAAGCAGUGCUUCUAAAAGGACAUGAAUGGUAUUCUGAAAAAACAGCUUGAUGCAGAUUCCCAGCUCUGUGCAGGUGAAUUUAGUCUGCUCUGAGAUACGUAGAAUGCUCUGCAUUUUGUCCUGUGCUAGGAUAGACAAUUUGUAACUAUUUUGUCUCCAUUAUCGCAUUUCCAGUAGCUGAGAAGUAAUAGAAAAAUUACACUUUUAAAAAACUUCUCGCAUUUAUGCACGAAAAAAGAAAGUUACCCUUGUGGAGGAGCAGACUAAAGCAUGCAAGUGAAUAAAACUUGUAAAGUCAUUGAUCCGUUUAUUUUACAAUGUUAAUUCUGCAGUAUAUCAGUACACUAGGUGUUCUGAACUUUAAGGAUAUGU